AUGGCCAUGAGUUGCAUGCAACCCCUGAGCUCACAUUCUCGGGUGGUGCCGCUGCCGCCCUGUGCGCGCUGCGGGCGCUGCGAAGUUCACCGAGUCUGGUCAGGCACGUCGGGGUCUGAUGGCCAUGUCGUGGCGGCUGCCACUGCCACCCUUGCAUCUGCAGUCGCCGUCGAGCGCUGUCGGUCACCCCUUCGUCGCAACAACGUGCAAAUACGAGGAGGACUCCGUGCUGAGCGGCGCAGCUCACAGCCAAAGGGCGCGUCCAGGGCGCGCAGGUCACAAGAGUAUCUCGCAUGUCUCUACGCGCACCUGCAGAAGCUCAGCCGGGCAGAGCUUCAGUUCCGCGGGAUCCAUACGGACUGGGUCGCCAACCUUCGUGGCCUGUGGUCUUCCAACCUUCUUCGUCGAAUUCUGAGCCCCGUGCUUUGCACCACUGGGGUGGCGAUCAUGGUCUGCUUGGCUCACGGAUACCUGAUUCCGAAGGGAAAGUUCUGGCACGCCAGCACCACCGGCCAUGCGCUUUUGGUCUCUGCUCUGGGUCUCCUGCUUGUUUUCCGGACGAACACUGCCUACUCGCGUUUCUGGGAGGGCCGUCAGAUUUGGCAGCGGAUCUUGGACUUGGGAAGGGACGUGUCGCGGUAUGCCAUCCUCUUUCGCACGGAGAUGGGGCCAAAAACUUCAGCUCACGUGUGCCGAUUGGUGCAAGCAUUCCCAUACUGCAUGAUCGAGCAUCUGCGUGGCAAAAAGGACCGGGUCAUGCGCUCCAAGUUGGAACGCCUGAUCGGUGCCAAGGGUGAGCUGGCAAGUAACGUCCAACAUGACUACACCCUGCCCAUGUGCUCCAACAGACCUCUCUUCAUCGUCAACCAGUUGGCUCAUGCCGUCCGGUCCGUGCCGAAUGGCGAGGGCCCACAGGCCAUGUACACCAAUCGUGAGCGGUCGCAGCUCAUGCAAAAUCUGGAGAAGCUCAGCUCAACCAUCGGGGCUUGUGAACGCCUGGUCCAGACACCGGUCCCUCUGAGCUACGUGCGGCACACAUCGCGUUUUCUGUCCCUGUUCAUGCUCACGCUUCCAUUUGCCUUGGUGGAUGUGCUUGGCCCCUAUACGGUUCCAGUCACAUGUUUUGCUAGCUGGGCCUUAUUUGGAAUCUUCGAGAUCGGUCUUGUCAUCGAGGAUCCCUUCCAGGGUGUGCUCAAAGUGGAUGUGAUUGCCGACACAUUGCAGGUGGGAAACGGGAAACGGCGGGACAAUCUUGCAGACUGCUUGCAGACUGCUUGCCGAAGCGGUGGGGAGCAAAAGAAGGUAGGACGCGAUAUCUUGCUCCGAGAGGUGGACAUCGAAGAAUCCAUUCGGAGCUUGGGAGCGCAGGACCUCCUGGAGGCUGGCGCGCUGGGCGUCAAAGCCCCGAAGAAGACGCGGGAGUCCAGCAGGCCCUUGUGCCGUGUCUGGAACGUGCUGAUGGGCUGUGCAACAUGCUUCUACCUCCACUCAGGCAAGGAGCUUUUCUUUGCUGUUUUCUUCAUUGAUGCCCGGAGUGUUUUGCGGGCGAGCAAGGACCAAGAGCAGCUCGGAAAGCACAAGGCUCGAGAUGUGGCCCAGCAUCCUUGGUCCAGAGUGAAGGACAAAGUGCUCCUUCAAAUCUUCCAGUCCUACGAUGUCAACGGCGACAAGGCUAUUGACAAGGCCGAGAUGGAGAAGGUGCUUGCAGAUACGGCGCCGCAUCUGGAGAUCGACAUCGAGCGCAUAGAGGCUAUCUUCGACGAAGCCGACGUGGACCACGAUGGGCUUCUGACGCAGGCUGAGUGGGUCGAAUGGGCAGAGACUUGCUUCCAGAAAGCGGAGAUUGCCAACCUGGUCUUGCGAAUGCCGUCCUCACCGCUGCUUCCUGCAGACACGCAGGAUGACACAUGGGAUGAGAAAGAUGAAGAGGACGAAGCCGAGCAUGAGCCAGAGACGCCUGCGGAUUUGACCGCGGAGGUGGAGCCCGCUGUCCGCUGGGAGCCGAAGUUGGAGCCCCGUUCGCCCAAUCCGGCACUGGCGGAGUUCCUGCGGAAGAGCGAGCCCAAGCGCAGGGUCGGCGUGAAUGCUUCCUGGAAGUGCGGCACGUCCGAGUGUUUCCUUUACUUGAGAUUACUUGAGAUUCUGGAGGCGUGGCAUCAGUUCACCCCUCGCCCAGGUCAUCUAUUCAAAUAUUUGGAAGCGAACCGUAGAGCUGAUCGGAGGUUCACGGCGCCAGCUGUGAAGGAGGCCGAUGGCAUCCUUCCGGCUGCAAUCCUUGGCCUUCUCAGUCUGUGUGCAAAGUGCUUCAAGAAAUUUCCGGUGGCGUUCCUUUGCAUUUGCAUUGUUGCUGCAGAUGCCUUUGGCAACCCACGGCCUCGGAGAAGCGUCCUGUUCUGCCCCCUCCACCUGCGCCGACUCCCACACCUGUUGUCGGCUGCCGAGUGCAUCAUGCUUGGAUGGCUUCUUUGCUGGGGCCUUGGGCAUGUUCUGAUCUGCAAGGUGGAGCGCCGCAAGGAUGAGGACAGCGACAAGGGCAUGGAGAGGCGUUCGACACCUCCUGCCCCCAUGCAGCCUGCAAUUCCAAAGGCUCCAGCAGCAGAGCGGCCGCGCACCACAAGCGAGGGCAGCGACAAGGAGUUCAUGAAGACCCUGGCGGACAAGCGACGUGCGGAGAAGAAGGAGGAGGAAGAGGAGCGCAGCCGCCAGCAAUUCGCUCGAGCUCAGGAGCACGGUACUGGCUUGUUUUGCAAGUCUGCUCAUGGGUGCAGGUUCAGCUGGCAGGAACUCUGCCUUGGUCUGGCUUACAGCUCUUACCAAGCAAGUCGAAUAGUCGAGCUCUGCUCGAUGGCAAGCAAGCAAAAACUGAAUCCUCGUGCAUCCCAAGUAGUGUCAGAAAGGGUGCCGAAUCAAGGCCUGGAACAACUAUCUAAGUAUAAGCCCGGGGCAGAUGUUGGAAUGUCCGGCAUAUCCAGAGCUGCUCGGCGAUGCGCCAAGGCACCGCGAUAUGAGCAGGAGUGUGGAGAUGUGUGGAGCAUCUUGUUCGAGCCUCUCGGGGGCUCGAGCUGGGUAUCUCCAGCAGUUGUGUCGUAG